GGCAAACAUGGAGUCCCGGGCGGGCCGGAGCGCGGGGCGGCGCGGAGCCCGGCGGCCCCGCCGCCUUUGUGCGGGCCGGGCCGGGGGCCGCCCCCGCCGGGAAAAGUUUGUGGGAGUCGCGGGUGGGCGCGGGGAGGGGGGGGUUCGUCCCCUUUCCGCGGCCUUUCCAACUUGGCCGAUGUCGGGUGUUCGGUCGGGGCUGGUUUUGGGCCGGCUUUAACCAGGAGAGAUCGGCGGGCAGCUCCACCAUGUCGGAUAGUGACCUCGGGGAGGACGACAGCGCCACAUCCCCGGACCCCUCGCAGUCCAACAAGAGGAAGAGAAGGGGCAACCUCCCCAAGGAGUCGGUGAAGAUCCUCCGGGACUGGCUGUACGAGCACCGCUUCAAUGCCUACCCCUCGGAGCAGGAGAAGCUCAGCCUCUCGGGGCAGACCAGCCUCUCCGUGCUGCAGAUCUGCAACUGGUUCAUCAACGCCAGGAGGCGGCUGCUCCCCGACAUGCUGCGCAAGGACGGGAAGGACCCCAACCAGUUCACCAUCUCCCGCCGAGGGGGCAAAGCUGGUGACGUGGCCCUGCCGCGGGGGGCUGCUGCCGGCUCCGGGGUGCUGGUGGUACCUCCCGUGACGGCGGCGGGGGGGGCCUCCAAGGUGCUGUCGAUGUCCGUGUGCCCGCAGGUACUGUGCCACCCCGCCCAGGCGCUGGGCAGCAACCUGAGGGUGGUGAGCGCCCACAGCCCCGAGCGGGAGAAGCCCCCCGGCCCGCAGCGAGCGGAGCCGGACCCUGUCCCGAAAGCGCCGCUGGGUGCUGCCGGCAGCACCAUGGCCUUGCUGGCCCGGGCCGAGGCGGCCAGCCCCACCAGCGGACUCUUCAACACGCCGCCCCCCACGCCCCCCGAGCUCUUCGGCGACGACUUCAGCAGCUUCCAGCUGCUGGUGGAGGUGGCCCUGCAGAAGGCGGCCGAGCUGGAGUCGCAGCGGCAGGGUGGGCAGCUGCCCCUCUCGCCCCAGACUGAGCCCCCGGCGGCCUCCCUCUCCAAAUAACCUCCCGGGCCAGGUCCCGCAGGGUGCCCUUCCCUGGGGGGGCGCCCGGCCCUCCCAGCCUUGUGCCACCCAUCUGCCGGCACCCCCCGGCCAGCUCAUCUGGGAAGCGGACUCCAGCCUCCCGGGGGGGCUCUGGUCUCCGUCAGCCGAGGGGGCAGAGGAAGGACUUGUCCCAUGCCGCCACCCUCUCGCCGGGGAAAUGCCCCCCCCACCCCCACCCGCCGCCCUUGCUGCCGAGGACGGUGCCCCGGCUGCGCGGGAGGACGCGGCUGCUGCGCUCUGGCUGGUGUGAAAAGACCUUUGCAGCUUUACUGACCUCUCUCCCCGCCGCUGCCGCCGGUUUCUGUGGAGCCCCCCCUCGGAAAACCUGCUGACUUCUUUUUCUCUCUCCUGUAAACAAGGGUCCAGCCAACACUGUUUCUUUAGGGAGAGAAAGAGAGAAUUUACUAUUUUUUUUUUUUUUUUUUUAAAAGUUGGUGUCUGUUUUAAGGACUAUGGAUGAAAAGCUUUUUCUCCCAAAUCUCCGAUUCCCGCCCCUUCCCUUCCCCCCCCCCCUUUUUUUUUUCCCUUUUGUUUGUGGAGGGCCUUUCUGGUACCUUGUGCUGGCGGGGAGCCCUGCCUUGCCUAGGGAAGGGCAAAGGACAGAUGAACUGGAAACCUGAAAUCUGUGGCAUUUUUUCCACACGGAAAACAUGGGACCCUCCUCUUCUGCCUUAGGGUGUUACAGAUGCUGCCAGUAGAAAUCUCUAUGGUGCUGUUUAGCAAUUUUUUUGUUGAAACGUUUUCCCUUUAAUUGUGAUUUAUGAUAUGAUUUUUUUUUUUUUUUUCUUCUAUAAGCAUAAGCAUUUCCACAACUUCCCCGUGCUUCUCUCGAGUUCCUGCUGAAUGUGUGCACAUUGUGUCCCGGAACAGAGAGCGCGUCGGCAGAGCCCGCGAGACGCUGACCGCAGGCUGCUGCUGGGGGUGGACGCAAAGCCGAGACUGUGAAAUUUUGUAUCCCACUUCUUUAUUCUCUUUUUUUUUUUAAAAAAAAAACAAAAAAACAAAAACAAAAAACAAAAACACAUUUGGAAAGAGGCGUGUUGUGGGCAUGGGCAGGUGUGUUCUUCUGCAAGUGCAGCGCUCGCAGCCUGCAGACCACAGUUCCUGGAAAGCAAGAGUCGUGUCAUCAGCCAAGCGCUGACGAACUGCCCCGGGAAGGCGGAGGGACCGAGUCCUGUCGCUCCCUGUCCCCGCUCCUGCUCCCGCUCUCCGGGGCUGAGCGUGGCCGUGCCCGGCUGUGCAGUGCUGGUGACCUCUAGUGACAAGCCGGUGUCUGCUGGGAGCUGGCCGGGUGGCUCUGGGGCAGUUCCUGGCUGGGCAUCGCUCGCUGUCACCGAGCGGGAGCCUGGGCGCCGCGCUGCUCCUGGGACUGAGAUAAUGCUGUUUCGCUGGAAAAUGUUAAGUUAAAUAGCGAUACGUACGCACCUAUGUUAUCUAUCCUGAGAAACACUAAUCCUAGGUAAUUAGCCUGAUUAUUAAAUUGCAUGACUAGAGAUAAUAACGUCCACAGGAUCUGGUGCUCUGCGGUGGUUGGAGCCAGCGGUGCUGGGGGAGCAGCACGCUGUGGGAUGAUGGGGCCUGGAAGGCAAAAGCACUGAUUUUUGGGGACUGGUAUUUCCCACCCCCGCCCCCUUUCUUGAUGGAGAAGGUGACAGGGGAGAGGAGUUCCCGGGUGCUCGGGGUGGGGGUGUAGGAAGGCUUGCCAGUGGUGUGUCGCGCUGGGCGGGUGCCCCCGUGCAGUGCAGGGAUGGCUCCAGCUCCGGCACUGCCCGGCUGGGCAGUGGGCCCCACUUCAGGUGGGGCCGCGAACACCUUCCUCAUCUCCCCCAGCUCCAUUUUAUGUCCAGCCUUUGCUCUCUGCCUCCUUUCUGAGGAAAGCCCUGAAUUUUAGGAGUCCCUCCCUUAUUUCUAGGUAGCCCUUCUCCCUGCCAGCCCCUACCGUUCUGUUUCCUCCCCCAGGGGAGGGAGAGGCUUUUUCCUCUCCUCCCUUCAUUUUGCCCCAGUCGAACCAAAGUGGUUUCCUCCCCCGGGGGCAGGAGUGCUACAGCCCUGCCUGUGCCAUGGACCAGUGCUGCCGCCCUGGGGACGGACCAGAAAGAAUGGGGAGGGCAGGGAUUAUUGGAACAAAAUUUAUGGAGCAAAAAACUACUGUAAAUAUCUUUUUGUUUGUUCUUCUGUUGUCAAAUAAAAGUUUUUUAGUUUUGGUUGUGGUUUUUUUUUGAGUUUGUUAUUUUUUUGGGGGGGUUUGUUUUUUUUUUUUUUUUUUAAAUAUGAGCUGUGCCUGAGGGUAGACUAUGUCAUUUGUGGAUGGCUCGCUUGCUCCUCCCUCACCACCUCCUGACACUCAGCCAAAGCAGCUUAAGAGGUCUAAGGAGCAUUGCUGGGUGUGGAAAAAAAAAAAAUGGGCCCAGUGCCUGGCACGGGCCUGCGCCUGCCCUACCAGCGUUUGGUCUGACAGCUGUUAUGUGCUUGCUUCCCAUAGCAUUUGAUCCCGGGGCCUGGGAGCCAGAAAGCCUUUGGCAGAGGACUGGUGCAUUUCUGUCAUCCCUCCUCCUGGGCAGCACCAGAAAAGCGAGACGGUAUCCCUGCUAGCCCCUUGGCAAAGGAAGAAAGGUGAGGCUCCACCGCACACAGUUUGCUGGGGCAGGAAUCCUGCGAGGGGCAGCAGGGGGUCUUGCAGAGCUGCUCCUGGAGCAGCAGCCACGGCCAGCCUUGCUCUGCCCCGGAGGGCAGGGGCAUGGACCCAAAGGCUGCUGCAUUGCCAGCACGGACGCUGGCAGCACAGGCACCGCAGCAAGGCGGUGAUACCCCCCACCCAUCACUGGGCAGGGGCUGUGGAAGGAUGGAGGUACCUGGCCUCCAGCCAGCCCCCGCCCCCCCAGCUCUGCCUGCCCCUGCUGCGGCCUCAAGUAGCACCUCAGGGGUCCUGAGCUGCACAGAGGUGCCUUUGCCGGGCCAGGCCCCGGGGACACCCAGGCAGGUUGGGCAGAGCCUCAGGGAUCUGUACUUGCCCCCAUGGGGAAGGGGCCACUGGCCCCCAGCAGGCCUCAGGCACACCCAGCUGCAGGGCGAUGGGCAGACAUGUCCCGCAGGCACAAGGAGAGCAGUGGCAGGGGGCACACAGCCACCACCCAUCCUUGCCCUCCAGCACAGCGCUGACUGUCCUUACCCGGGGGGGGGCACGGCUCUGCCCUCGCCAUUGCCUCCCAGGGCAGCAGCUGGGACUUGUAGUCCCAGGCGGGGUCCAGCCGGCAGACCACUGCCAGCCCUGUCCCAGCCCUGCAGUCCCCCUCUCUGGCCUGUGCUGCUCUGCCCUAAGCACCCUCAGGCAUUGCGUUGAGCGCAGAAAAGCCUUGUUAACAUGACACUUCCAUACUUCUCAUGCCACAGCCAACACUGCCCCGAAAAUACCCACAUGGGGGUGUAAGGCUUUGGGAGACCCUCCCUUGGCAGCUGCAUCCCCCGUCGAUGCCUAGGCCCCAAACCAGCAGAAACAGAAGCUAAAGUUACGUGUCGCGAGGGUCUCUGAACCCACAGGACCAUGUUUGUAAGCGGCAAUGUGAUCCAUCUCUGUCCUGCUUCCUGCGUG